AUCUCUAGUUUCUAGUUUUCACUAAAAGAGACCUAAUACCUCGUAGUAUGGGUUACUUAGCUUUGCACUUAGUCUAGUUGGCUCCUCCUCCAUCAUGCUAUCUUAGUUGCAACCUCAGCGAAACCCACUUGUUGAAUCUCAAUCCCCUUCCCAAAGGGUAUUCGAAUUUGGUUUCAAGUUUUUAUCUUUCGACUUCACAAAAAUGUCUCUUCCCUAUCCUUCUCACCUCCUCUCUGCCACUGCCUCUGCUCGUUUCCAACCCUUCACCUUCAACAACACCGUCACAAUCAAACCUCACUUUUUGGUAUUCAAGGGUACCUCGUGUUUUGUUGAGAAGCACACAUGCUGCUUAAGUGUUAAAAGAUUUUGUGCAUCUGGGAAGACAGGGACCAAGAUCUCCUGUGCUAUGAAUAUGUCUGCACAGCAAUCAGAUGAUCAUGGGAAAAUGAAGCUGGACCAAUUAUUGGACAAAGCACGAAAGCUUUGGGACAGUUCUCCCGAGCCGGUGAAGAAUUUCCCCUGGAACAAAGCUAUGGACAAUUUCAUUCAACUUAUUAUUGACCUGAUUUUGGUUGUUGUCAAAUACCUAUCUGUACCUGUAUUCGCAAUUACUUCCCUCAGUGAGUUAUCCUAUUGUGCGCAUGAAAAGAAGUUAGUUCUUGUUCCUCUUCCAGUUCUCUUUGGAAUUUCUGUUGCUGGGAUCCUUAAAGAGACUUUCUUGGAGUUAUCUCCGCGUCUAAGGGAUGCAGAAGUUCCAUGGCAUUUAAUUGCCAUUGCAAUUUUCUUCACAUUGAUCAAAUUGCCAGGUCCAUAUUACCCUUAUUGGGGACGUAUAUUUAUUCCUCACUUUGCAAAUGGGGUUCUGUUGAGGGCUCUAUGGUUUGCAAUAUUGUGGUAUAGAAGACCUAAAGCAUUGAAGAUGUCAGAUUCUGUAGAUGAUAGUUAGUUAGCCCACCGAGUUAUGCUUCCAGCCUGAAAUUCCAUCUUCAGUUGAGACAAUUAUUUUACUAGUGAAGACCUGAGUGAAGAGUUAAGCAUUCCAUUGAGAUUUUUAUUGAAUUUAUAAUUCACUUUGUCUAGAAAGAUGCAACUGCUAUGCGUAGUUACUACCGUUUGCCUUGGUAAUGGCAGAUACGGUUGUGUUAGAUGGUCCAUAUGAAUAGGGGUGUAGAUUACUGUAUCGAGAAAAUAGAUGCCAAUGGUCACUUGAAGUUUUGUAUAAGAAAAAAGAUAAAAAGUCAUUUACCAUCAUAUAGUGGAGAAAUCUCAAGAGAUUAAUCGA